UCUGCGUACGAUACUAUUGUUGAGUGUUGCGCUGGUUCUGGGUUGCAUAAGUCCCUGCCACUGCUCCCAGACCUCUCUGUCUGGGCUCCGCCUGCAACCUAAAGGAACAACUCUCCCCCUUUCUGGUCACGUUAGAGCCUGAGAAACACCCCGAGCUGUAGGGAUAGGACGGACUAGAAGGAGACAUUGUGGAGGAAGACAGAUCUACAGCAGAAGGAGAGAUCCGACCCAGACAGUCUGCACAGAGCUCUAGACUCUGAGCCACCGUGGUUCACCUUUCAGAGCAGCCAUGUCAGAGAAGAGGGUUCUCUCCUACUCUGACUGCAUCCUGGAGGCAGGGGGGUCCAUGAGCAGGUUCCCCCUGAUCCCAGUCCAGGGGGUCCCCCUCAUGAACCACAUCGCGGACAACUGGGACAGCAUCUCUGCCUUCGAGCCCCACCCCUCGGACCUGCUCAUCGCCACCUACCCCAAAGCAGGCACCACGUGGACCCAGGAGAUCGUGGACCUGCUGCUCAACGAUGGAGACCAGGAGGUCUGCCACCGUGCGCCCAUCGUCAUCAGGAUGCCCUUCCUGGAGAUCUUCUCUCCGCCUCCUGUCCCCUCGGGUCUGGACCUUUUGAAGGAGAUGCCCCCCCCAAGGGUCAUUAAGACCCACCUUCCCUUCCAGCUGGUCCCUCAGGGAUUCUGGAAGAACAAAUGCAAGACCAUCUACGUGGCUCGCAACGCCAAGGACAACCUGGUCAGCUACUUCCACUUCGACCGCAUGAACCUGACCCAGCCGGAGCCCGGUCCCUGGGACUCCUACAUCCCCAAGUUCAUGGAGGGAAAAUUGGCGUGGGGGUCCUGGUACGACCAUGUCAAAGGUUACUGGAAGGAACGAGAGAAAAACAACAUCCUCUACCUCUUCUACGAAGACAUGAAGGAGAACCCGCGGCGUGAGGUGGAGCGCAUCAUGCGCUACCUAGGCAAGUCCCUCCCUGAUGAUGUCAUCAGCCGCAUCGUGGAGCUGACGUCCUUCAAAGCGAUGAAGGAGAACCCCAUGGUUAACUACACCUUCAUCCCCGUGCCCGUGUUCGACCAGUCCAUCUCCCCCUUCAUGAGGAAAGGCGAGGUCGGAGACUGGAACAACCACUUCACCCAGGAGCAGUCCAGGGUGUUUGAUGAAGACUAUGAAAAACAGAUGAAGGGCAGCAACAUCCCCUUCAGGACCAACAUCUGACCGGACCCCCUGCUACUGUCACCUCGAUGACCCUCAGCCCAGCUCAGACCCUCAUUGAUCAACAAAGACUUACUAUGCAACCAAUUAGUUUGAUUUGAAGUCCUUUCGCCGAGUGGUAGAGUGAGUUUGACAGUGAGUGAAUGAUAGUGGUAGUUGGUGAAUGAGUGAUAGUACAGUGACUGAUGUAAUGCAUUCCAUCUGUGGCUGUUUUGUUUUCGUGUCCUUUGUGGUCUGUGUAUGUUGUCCUGCCCUCUCGGACUCUCUGCUAUAAAUAAUUAUAUGUACAAAACUA